CUCUCUCCAUAUGGAGCCAGGCACCAGAAGCAGCAAGAUGCUGCUGGCUUCCUUUCCCCCCACGGCCAUCUUUUUCCUUCUAAUUUCUGGAGCUUUUCCAGAGUCCUGUGAGGGAAUUAUAGGAGGAAGCGAGGUGCCGUCUCAUGCCAGACGUUACAUGGUGCUCAUCAAAGGGCUGGAAACCUGUGCCGGGGCUUUGAUCAAAGAAAACUGGGUGCUGACAGCUGCUCACUGUGACAUGAAAGGGAAGCCUCAAAUUAUUCUUGGUGCCCAUUUCAUAUCUCAGAAAGAGAAACUCGAACAGAUUUUUUCCAUUAAAAGAGCGAUUUCCUACCCAUGCUAUGAUCCUGAGACAUUUCAAGGAGAUCUUCAACUCCUUCAGCUGGAUGGUAAAGCAACUAUAACCAAAGCUGUGGGCAUCCUUCCCCUUCCAAAGAGAGGAGACGACGUGAGACCCCACACCAAGUGUCACGUGGCUGGAUGGGGGAGCACCAAGAAAGAUUCCUGCAAAGUUUCCAACAUCCUGAGAGAAGUCAACGUCACUGUGAUAGACCGAAGAGUCUGCAACAACCCAGCGCAUUACGAUUUCAAGCAGUUUGUGGACAGCCACAUGCUCUGCGCUGGCGGCAGGAAAGGGGAAGAUGACUCGUGCAGCGGGGAUUCUGGAAGCCCUCUGAUAUGUGAUAACAUUUUCAGGGGUGUCACUUCCUUCGGGAAAUGUGGUGACCCCAAGAAGCCUGGUGUCUACAUUCUCCUUACAAACAAAUAUCUUGGCUGGAUCCAGAAAACCAUUGCAGGAGCCAUAUGACUCAGUUCCUUGGAAGCAGAAACCCGAGGUCAUCACUAGAGGAGACCAAACAAAAGGGUUUGGAACUUCACCUAUCCCCAAAGCACUUGCCAUCCUUCCUGACUGUACCAGCCGCAGCCUGUCUGAACCAGGCGCCAGCCACCUGCUUACACUGCUAUAUCAGUCACUAAGACUGCAGCUUCACACUUAACUCUCUCUGUGACAAGAGGGAGCGUUGAGAAGAGAGGGCCCUCUAUUCAGAGUAACUUGACUUUAUUCAGAAAGUGAGGCCUGAUGCUCUCCUAUGUGCUGUUUUUUAAAAAGCCAAAUUAGUCUUUGCUCUCACAAAUACAGC